AUGUUUUUUGUGAGCUCCUUUGCUGCCACAAAGCCCUUGCCGUUCGGCAAGGGGUGGAUUGAAAUCUCUUUAGGAGCCUGUGGUGUCUUCGGCAGAUUGGGUUUGUUUUCGAAACCACUGGUUCAGCAGUACCAUAUAUGCCGUUCGGCAAAGUCUGCCAACAACCUCUGCUUUGGUAAGUCAGCCUCAUGCGAUAGUGGUGUCGGCAAGAUGACCAAGGCGGUUGUGCUGGGCAAGGUGAGCCGAUUCGGGUUGUCGUGCCUCCGGAGUCUGUGCGCAACCCUUGCCGUUCGGCAAGGGUGUUCUGAGAGAGAUUUUCAAAGCCUCCGUGUUCCUGUGGCACGUAAGCUGGGUUCGUCGAGGCGAGGCUGGUUCGGCAGCAAUCUCAUAACCACCUAA